AUGAACCCCCUGCUGAAAGCAAGCUGUAAGCAGCAGCACUGCUGGGAGAAGGGCACCCAGAAGAAGAGCUUCUGCAAUAGGGCUAUGGCAGCAAAUGAGAUCAACCCAAGGCAAACAUUAGGAGACCGGCCAGUUAACCUUGUGUCCCCCCCUCCAGUUCAAAAGGGUACUGUCCCAACAGAUGCAGAAAUCGCUGCAGAGGUGGUACACACGUACGCGCUCAAAAAGUUUAAGAGUAGCAACGGCUACGGUGUCCCAGCUGUCACAGAUGACGAGCUUGCAACGGCGUGCAAGCAUGAGCACCUGAUCUUAGAUGCCGCUACUACGAAGAGUGCCGACUUUGCUCAACAGUUGGCAACCAUCACGAGGCAGAACAACAGAAUCAUUCAGCAGAAUGAUGAAAACAAGAACCUGAUGAAGGCGUAUGGAAUCAAUGCUCGUGCCAUUGCCCACAAUGCAAAGCAGACCGAUGCGGUGCACCGGCUGAAGCCGCUAGCCAAGGAGAAGGCCGGGGGAGGUAAUAGCAUUGGAACAGUUGCCCCGCUGAUGAGCGCUCCCGGUGGACUUUUCCCCGAGGAUGUGCACGAGCUGGAUAAUAUGCAGGCAAAUGACAUCACUCGGCUUUCCACAUUUUACGGUGACGAUUUCGGGAUCGUUGCCGGAGACACCAUCCGGGAUAAGGUUCACAAGUUUAGAAUGUUUAUUGGUUGAGUUUGAUGGUCGAUGAGGUGGUGUCAAACAACAGGACUUGAGACGAUAAAAACAUUUCUGAACACUGAUCGGCUGUACGAGCUUGGAUGGGAAGCAAUUGAGAUGCUUGAUAGUCCUGCGCAAAGAUGGUCAAAUUUGUGUACUAUCCUAAAAGUUUGUGGUCCUUCUCCACAAAUAAAAAACUUUAGGCUACUCACUCAUGACGAUUUAUAUGAUAAUUGAGCAAAGUCUUUGUACAUGAGAAUUGCAACUAAAGUGAUGAAGUUGGUGCGCA